AUGAAGCAUAUAGAUGAAAAGGACUUGUUGCCUCCCAUUCAAGUGGUUCAAGCACUUUCAAGGUCAAAUGUGGCAAGUAUUGGCUUGAUCAAGGACUAUAUUGGUAAAAAGAUUGAAUACGAGCGAAAGGAACUGAAGCAGAAUGACGAGCUAAUCGAGAGUUAUCGUCAUGAGACUGAGAAGCGUAGGAAAGAGAUUGAAGAAUUGAAGACGAGCAUAGUGCUCGCAUAUUUCAAGUUCAAAAGUGCUCAGGAUGUCAUGGCACCUUGGAUCUUCCAGCUGUUCACUUUUUAUGCAGACACUCAUAUCAUCAACGGUAUUUCAUAG